GCUGGCUCGGCUGUGCAUGCAGCGAGGGAGCCGUGCAUGCAGCAGGGGAGCCGUGCAUGCAGCAAGGAGCCGUGCAUGCAGCAGGGCAGCCGUGCAUGCAGCAGCGGGCCCGCGAUGUCUCUGGGCCGGGCGGUGCGGCAGACUCUGGCUCUGCCCCUGAGGGCGCCCUCCAACGCCUCGCUCCUCGGGAAGCACGCCUCUCUUCGCCAGAUGUCAUCCAGUGGUGUCCCUGGCUUACCUGGGUCCAAUAUGAUAUACUACCUGUUCGUAGGUGUCACUGUUAGUGCCGGUGGAUACUAUGCUUACCGAACAGUCACUUCAGACCAAGCCAGGUAUACAGAUCGGAUGACCAAGUUGCAAGAGAGAACCAAAGCGGAUGAGUUUCCUCAAGGUGAAGAUGCAAAACCCACAAAAUCCAGUGAAAAAAGCUCAGUGGCCAGUGACACAGCUGCAGUAGAGUCCUCAAAAGUAGCCUCUGAAGAAAUUCCGGGAACUACAGAGGCCCGCACAGAGGCGGCUGCAGUAAUCCACGCUGGAGCUGGUUCCGAGGUUCCAGGAGCUGUCACGGAGGAAGCUGGAGCUGGCGAUGCUGAAAGGAGUCCAGAGCUUGGCAAUGCUGAUGGGGUUCAAGUGUCAGUAGUCGAUGUGGAAACUGAUCCAGAGGGCAUAGAGUCAGGUGCAGGAGAGGUCACAGGAGUCAAUACUGAAGCAAGUCCAGAGGGGACAGAGGAAAGUGAAGGGGAGGUUACGGGGGUUAAUACUGAAGCUAGUCCAGAGGGCACAGAGGCAAGUGAAGGGGAGGUUACAGGAGUCAGUAUCGAAGCUAGUCCAGAGGGCACAGAGGCAAGUACAGGAGAGGUUACAGGGGUCGGUCCUGAAGCGAGUCCACAGGGCACAGAGCAAAGUGCGGAGGAGGCUAGCCAUGAAGGGCAUGCAGUUCCCAAGCAGAAUGACUGCCCUGCGGGAGAUCCCGAAUUGCAGGAGGAGAAGAAAUCUCCAGUCGAAAGUGAAUCCCCUGCAGGGGAUCAUAUGCAGGGGGUGCCUGGUGACAUACCCGAUGCUGCCUCUGCCCAAGGUUAAUCUAAUAUGAUGUUUAUAUCUUAUUAGAAAAAACAAACACAGAUACGCAGCGAGAGGAGGAAAUGUUAUUUUGUUGACUCAGUAAAUACUUUGAUAUUCCUAGCGGAAGUGGUUCUUUUUUUAAAAAAAAUCAAGGGUUAAUUUCCUAAACCCUUGAUGUACCUUGGAAAAUUAUGGCAUUCAAGGAUCAGCUUAGAGAACGUAAUGUAAUUUGUAAGCAUCCAAAGAGAUUUCUCUUCUCCUGUCAUGCCUUAAAUUGGGGGAGUAGUGGAUCAGUUUGAAAAUAUAUUAAAAAGAAAAAGAAUCCAAGCGGAAGUGCCUUUGUGGUUCUAACUUUGUUUUCAACCCAAGGAGGAGUGGUAUGUGGUAUUGCCUGUUACCAUUUAGGAAAUUAGCCUAAUUUGCCUUGAUCAUGUUGGACAGAGCUUGUAGAAGGAAGUUAGACGAAUCGUGGUUGCCUGCUUCCCAAGUGACCGGGGAGCUUGCCCGACAUAUCUCUUGUCAUGGAUCUGCCUGGGAACACCAGUCAGAGGGGUCAGGCACCAAGACCUGGACCAGGAAAGAUCUCCUAUCAAUCAGGAUCAAUCAGUGGUAUCUACUGAGCACUUACUGUGUGCAGAGCACUGUAUUAAGUACUUGGGAGAAUAUAAGACAACACAGUCAGUAGACACGAUCCUUGCCCUCAAGGAGCUUACAUGCAAAUGUCAGAUGUUCCCUAGGCUGUCCUGGAAAUGGGAGUCGUAGAGUAUCUGUGCUUCCCUCCCUGUCUACACGACCCAGAGAUCGUGAGGGUAAGGUUGUUUCCGGGGGUGGAUUUGCACUGCGUAGACUCUUGCUAGAAUGCCCUCACCUCCUGGAAAAUUUAGUUGGAAGCAAUGCAACUCUGUGGUAGAAACACAGAACGUGAAAUCAGGGCUACACUGCAAAAAAAAAAUAAAAAAUGGAGUGGCAGUUAUCUGGGUAAAUUGGGAACUUGUUACUUCUCCAGUUGCAACUCAUUGAAUAAUAAUAAUAAUAAUUAUGGCAUUUGUUAAGUGCUCGCUAUGUGUUGAAUGGGAGCUGUGUAGGCCUGGUCAAAGUUCUGAAUUUGAAAUAAGCAAAUAUCUGAGAGGACUUCAAGCGUUCUUGUACUCAUUCUACACAUGUUUAUAAACGUGGUUAAAUGUGACAUGCGUGGGUUAUGCUUUUUCCAACCUAGGAGAGGAAUGAGCGUAUUAUACUACAUGUAUUACUGCACAUGCUUGUAAAAGCAAGUUAUAUCACCUUAUACUAUUGAAUGAAGGCUGAUAGUUCCCUUUGGAAAAAAUAGGCCAAAAUAAGAUUGAAAGUGAGAAAAAUAACAGUCCAAUUUGGAUUUAGUAAUUUGGUUCCCUAUCACAGAGAGCUCUGAAAAUAGAUUACAGUGUUUGACAUGAAUGUAAUUAUUUAGAGGAAAUAUUUAUAUUCAGUGAAUGAAAAAGAGUCUUACAAAAGGUUUUAUGUGCAGUGAACAUAGAUUGGGCUUCUCCGACAAUGUAUAAUCAAACUGUCUAGAGGAAUAAUAGAGAAAAAAAUACUUAAUAUUGUAGCAUUUGAAAUGAAUUUUCUGAUGAAUUUUCUGACUUUAUACUUGUGUGAAUUUUUAAUAUCUUUUCAUAGAAAAAUACUAUCUGAAUUGCAUUAGCAAAACCAUUUGGGUUUAACUUGAUCUUAUAUUAAUGCUUUGCAAGAACAACCUACCAGUAGUAAUAGCAUUAGUUGUAGAAGUAAUAAUAUUAUUAAUUAAGCAUUUACUUCAUCCAAAGCACUGUACUGAG